AUGAGUAAUACGAGUAUUUUUCCCGAAGGAUAUUUCUAUAUCCUGUCUCGCAAGCACGGUUUUGCUCUCGAUGUAUAUGAUGGUCAAACAAAGGAAGGAGCCAACUUGAUUGUGUGGCCACAAAAGUUUCAGGACAGCGAUAAUCAAUUGUGGUCUUUUGAUAGUGGAAAAUUGACCAACAAGAAGUCGGGUCACGUGAUGGACAUUAGCUCUAGCGCUUUCAAAUCUGACAAGACAAUCGUGCAAAAGAAGCGUAAGGCCAGCAAGCAAUCUCAAGAGUGGAUCUACGAUCAAGGCUUUAUUUGUUCUAAAGAGUAUCCCAGUCUUGUGCUUGAUAUUAGAGGCGAUAGUCCCAAAGGUGGAGCUCAAGUAUUAUUGUACAAGAGAAAGGACACGGACAACUUGAAUCAAUUAUGGCAAUUUGAGCCUUAUCAGCAAUUUGAAAAUGCACUCAACAUGGCAACUACCAGUGUCCCAUUGCAUAAGAAGGAGGGCUUUGGUCAACCCAGACCUGGUUAUGCUGCUGAACCCGGCGUCCCUCCAGAGUUGAAACAGGUACCAGAGAACAAUAAGAUUGCUGGCGUUGGAAACAACGUAGCACCCACUGCCACCACCAAUGCUGCUGGCAAUUCGCGCAUCGAUCCAGUGUUGGCCAACUAUGGUUCUUUCUAUGGUGGCACUACCACUGCUCCUCCUGCCCCCCAGCCAGGUCAAGCGCCUUCAUCAGGCAACUAUCCACCUCCACCUCCGCCCAGAAAUGACAAUUAUCCUCCUGCCAAUGCUCAACCAGGACAAGCACCUUCACCCUCCAGCUUCCCUGAGCCUAUUCCUGCUAAUGCGACAUCUUCUUUCUCGCCUCCACCCCCACCACCUGCUAGCACCGGCGGAUAUCCACCUGCUCCAGGCUAUCCACCAGCCCCUCAAUCUCCCUCCAACUACCCACCAGCCCCUCGAUCUCCACCCAGCUAUCCUCCUCAGCAAAUAGGCAGCAGUGGAUAUCCACCUUCGUCGCCAUCCAAUUACAACAGUUAUCCAGGCAGUCAACAUCAACAGCCUUCUGGCUAUCCUCCUGCUCCAUCCAGCAAUCCAAUGCCUACCUCGCCUCCAAGCUAUCCAUCCUAUCCUCCCAGUAAUGCCAAUUCUGGAUACCCACCACCAUUACCACCACCAUCAGCAGGCGCACAUGGAGGAGCCCCUGGAUUCCCUCAACCCGCACAAGAUGGAGGCAACCAUUUUUACCAGCAACAGCCUGGGAUGCCUGGUAAUGGUGGCCAUUCCAGCCAAGGCUACCCACCUCCACCUCCAUUGCCUGGAAACAGACCUAAUAACAACCAAAGCCAACACGAUCAAUAUGGUUAUCCUAGUUAUCCUCAAUAA